UUAUGUACGAACCACGCUGCGAGAAUUUGAAUAUUUCCUUUUUCCAACUUAACGACGCGCAGUAAUGUGAAUGACGAACGGAGACGGCGUUCGCGAUUUCGCCAGGCUUUCUCCGCGGUCUUCUUAAGGACACCGACGAGACGCGAGCACCGACAGGACGAUGACGACCACAGGUGGACAAUGACAGCACAGUCUUCGGCAGGUGCGCCCGUGCUGUGCGCCUUUGUCUUCGCGGACCUCUCUGCCCUUCGACCGGCGCCUGCGAGCUGACGGCAGUAAGGGAGUGCAGUGUUGGGACGGAGGGCGAAUACCGGAACCCCCUCUCGUCGGCGUUUUGCCUCGGCACCCAAGAACGGAAUGCGACACUCUCCACAGCUGGGGAAUUCGAGAAUGUCCCGCACGAGGUGGUGUUGACAACGCCGCCAGACUCGACGCCGCCAUUAGCGGGCUCCGCCCACAGCGACCGCGCCCUUUCGUCAUUGAAGGCAUCUUCCUCGAGAGGACUCGACAGCGGUCACAAGUGUGCUAAUUCGCUGGUUCUUUUUUUUUUUCUUGUCAACCCACUUCCGCAGAGUCUAACCAGCUUCAGUCUUCAUAUGCCUCUUGUGGAGAGUUUGCACUGACCGGUCAUGCUGCUCCGAUUGUCAGUUUUGCUGGCGACAUGCGCGCUGUCGAUGACGGCGGAACAAGAGGACAACCCCUUCCCCACGUGGCUGAUUGAGGCCGGCAGUCACACCAGCGAAGCCGACACCGCCAUCGUGAGCACUCGAAAGCCACGCGUCACGGGCAAAGUCAGGGGUGGCACCGCCUGCCUCAACACCGAAGAGUGCGGCAUUGGCAAGUGCUGCCUGCGACGGUCCAAGGACCCACGCCGUCGCUGCAGACGUUUUCAGCGCGCUGGCGAGCGCUGCACCGACGAGCAGAUGAUGGGAGGCUACUACUACGGCCACUGUCCCUGCAACAAGCACUCCGAUUGCACGCCCGUCCGCGGUGUCCUCAAAUGCGUCAGGAAGCAAGUAGGCCGGCCCACUGCCCCGGGAACUCGGCCGCAGAACGUACUGCCGGAGGACACGGGCAAAGAGAGCAAAGAAAGCGAUGAGCUGCCGAAACGCCUCGCGCCCCCACCGAAAAAACCGAACUUCAACGAAACCAAGCUCGAGUUCCCGGAAAUACCGGAGUUCUUCAAAACCUUCGCCGCGUCAGAUAAUCCCGCGCCGGCCACCGUUCCGCCUGAGGAAGGCGGAGGAGAAGAAGGUGGUGGCGAGGAGGGCGGAGAGGGCGGAGAGGAAGAGGGUCUACCGAAUGGUGCCGAAGACCUGCCUGAAGAUAUUACCCCGACGUCAGGAGGCGGAACAGAGCAGCACGAGCCGCCCGAAACUUCGAACGAAGGCGCUGUCGAAACGACUACCACGGUCGCGCAUGCACUGCAACCUAGUGGUGGAGGCGGCGGAAUGUCGGCGCACUCUAUGUCACACCCGGUGCGGCCUGGCUCACCGCGUCUGCAGUAUGUGGGUCUCCCAGGUUCGCGUAGCGUACCUCAGUUACCACCGCCUCCUACGCUACACCAAUAAAGCGGCGAGCACCGAUUCCCAUCGCCAAAUGCCGUACCACGUCCAGCGGCAGGUCUCGGCAGUGGCGCAGGGGGACUCGGUCUGCGAAAUUCUCUAGAUGCAGGUGUAUUACCAGGGUCUGCUGUGUCGCAACUUGGUAGCAAUAGAGCGGGAAAUCUGGGGUCUCGGUCGCCUAACAGAGAAUGACUAUCUAGUGCAGGCACUGCAACUUCACUGUCACAGCCCGCUGGUCCCUUCCAAGUGCCUCCGUCGCCUGGAGCGCGCCUAGUGGGUCAGGAUUUCCUGCAGGACAGCCCGCGGGAAUUGGAGCCGGAUAUCCGGGGCAGCCUUCUGGCAUUUCUGUGCAGCAGCCUACAAUUCCCUCGACCAGCAGAGCAGAACUCAGGAGGACGGCGUAUAACUUUUGGGUCGUAAUCGCCGUUCCGUUGCUCAAGUACUUCCGCCUCCUCAGGCAUCUACUCUAUCACAUCCUCCACCGACGUCUCGCAUGCUUUAAGCACCUCAAAAGCUGUCGGUGCCCAGCCUCGGAAAAGAAGACGGUGGCUUAAGGCGCUGAGAAAUCACUGGAAAUCAAAUCACACAAAGGAAAAGUUCAAGCACGCGCUGACCCAGCAGCAAUUGCUGCCCACUAGAUAGAUCUGUCCCGGCUCUUCUUGCUAAGAUCGAAAUGGCUUUCACGGUUCUGAAGACCCAUUAUUCACUCAGGCUUGCGACCCUAUUAUGCGGAGACAGGGCGGAUACAAAAAAAACGCAAAUGACUUACAGCGUGUCGUUGAACUUAGGUUCUCAUUUUCGGUCACCUACCACAGUGAUGAGGUUGUAUCGUGGUGCCAACCGCUGCGCGUCUUACAGUUUUUCACAUAAUUCCUACACGCGAUGAACUGCCGCUACUGAAAUCCUCGUGAACACUCUCUUCGGAUAUAUUUUGCAAACUUGUGACAACAAUAAAUUCGCACUUACCCUCUU